CAGAGAGAAGACGGCAGAGAAACCUGAGUGACGAAAACAACGACUUCAACAAAUAUGGCGUGUGAGCUGAGGAUUGUUCUUCUGGGUAAAACUGGAUCGGGAAAAAGUGCAACAGGAAACACCAUCCUGGGCAAAAAGGCUUUUGAAGUUGUUGAUUUUAUAAAAUCGACCAAUAAAUUGUGUGAGAAACAGGACGGAACAGUGGGUGAAAAGACAGUCUCUAUAAUUGACACUCCAGGACUGUUUAACACAGCUAUGAAAAAACAUCAACUGAAGAGUGAAAUAGAAAAGUGUGUGGAGAUGUCCUCUCCUGGUCCUCAUGUGUUUCUGCUGGUGAUCAAACUCGGUGUGAGAUUCACAAAAGAGGAGAGAGACACGGUGAAAUGGAUUCAGGAGCCCUUUGGAAAAGAAGCUUUGCACCGUACCAUCGUUCUGUUCACUCACGCUGAUUUGCUGAAAGGAAAACCGCUGGACGAGUACAUCAAUAAAAGCAUCUAUUUAAUGGAAAUUGUUAAAAGCUGUGGUGGCAGAUAUCACUCAUUCAACAAUGAGGACAGAGACCAUCAAGAUCAGGUCACAGAACUGCUGAAGAAGAUCAACUCAAUGAUAAACGAAAGUGAAAUGAAUCAUUACACCCUUGAGAUGUUCAAAUCAAACCAGAAAAGGAAAAAGGUAAAGACUGCAUGUACAGUUGCAGUGCUAGGAAUUGGACUUCUAGGAACAGUGAAAAUAGCAGGCAAGAUAGCAACAGCAUUUACAGGCACAGCAGCAGGAGAAGCUGUGGAAAAAGCUGCAGUAGCUGCAGGAGAAGCUGCAGUAACGGCCGUAGAGGCAGCACAAUCACUGACAGAAAAAGCAGCUGAGACUGCAGCAGAAGUAGUGCGGUCAGUGGCAGAAAAAGUAGUCGAGACCGCAGGAGAAUCAGCACCGUCAGCUGCAGAAAAAGCAGCCGAGACUGCAGAAGCAGUUGUUCAGACAGUUGCUGAAAAAGCAGCUGAGACUGCUGGGGAAUCAGUGCAAUCAGUUGUAGAAAAAGCCGCUGAAACCACAGGAGAAGCAGUGCAGACAGUUGCAACAGGAUCAGGAGUCGCAGCACAAGCAGAUCUAAGGCUUGUGUUGGUGGGUAAAUCUGGAUCAGGAAAAAGCGCAUCAGGAAACACCAUCCUAAACAAAAAUGCGUUUACAGUGAGGAGCUCUCUAGAGUCAGUUACAACAAGAUGUGAGAAACAAGAAACAGUUGUGAGUGGAAAAACUAUAUCCGUUACUGACUGUCCUGGUCUGUUUGACACGUUGGUCAGUAAUAAAGUAAUACAGAUUUUCAUAGAGGAGUGUAUGUUCCUGUCUGCUCCUGGUCCUCAUGUGUUCCUGCUGGUUUUGACAUUGGGAGUGAAAUUCACAGAGGAGGAGAAAAAUGCAGUGAAAUGGAUUCGAAAGAACUUCGGAGAAGAUGCUGUGAAGUACACCAUCAUUCUGUUCACUCACGCUGAUGCACUGAAGGGCAUUCCUCUAGAAGAAUAUAUCAGCAAAAGCAAUGAGCUGAAGCAGCUAAUUCAGUCAUGCUGUGGCAGAUAUCACUCGUUCAACAACGACAACAGGAACAAUCGAGAGCAGGCGACAGAACUGCUGAAAAAGAUAGAAAACAUGGUCCAUUUUAAUGGAAGGAAGCACUACACCGUGGCCAUGUAUAAAGCAGCCCAAGAGAAAAUUAAAGGGGAUCAGAAGCUGAAAGAUCAUGGGAAGAGAGCACUGACAGCAGCAGCUUUAGCAGCAGUAAUAAGUGGAACAGGAAUAGUGGCUAUGGGGGGCAGAGGAGCCACAGCAGCCGCAACAGCAGCUAUUGUUGCAGUGGGAGCAGCAGUAACAGCAGUGUUAUUUUAA